CUUAUGUACCUUCUUUAUAAUGACGAUUCGUAAACGAAUAUAACGCCAUUUUAGAGUAAUGCAUUGAAGGAUUGACAGCAUAAUAUUUUUAGCGGAGUCUAUCAGACACCACGCGAGUAGUGCUUUUAUAAAAUUUCACUGUACCAUUUUUUGAAGAAAAAAAAAAUGUAUCGAAAAAACGUUUUUGAUCCAGAAAAUGUCAAAGUCAAAGACGAACCAGAAACAAACGAUAGUAUUGAUGAUGUAGUAGUAAAAGAAGAAGUGGAGAUGAGCGAUACAGAGCAGGAAGUUUUAAGUGAAUAUGAAGAUAAUGAGGAUGCAGUCGAAAAUAUACUAUUUAGAAAAGACGAGGAUACGUGGAAGAAUCCUGCCUCUAACGUAGGAUUAUCUUUACAGAAUAUUGUGUGCGAUUUACCUGUGGUAAAGGGUGUAGCAGAACAUGGCAAAUUUGUUUUGGAUUGUUGGAGUGCUUUCUUCGACGAUGAUAUGCUAAAUUUAAUUGUCCUCAAUACAAAUGUGUACAUUUUUAGCAAGAUGGAGCGGUAUAAAAGAGCGAGGGACUGCAGAGCUACGGAUUUAGCAGAAUUGAAAGCGUUUAUUGGUCUCUUAUAUAUGGCCGGGUUUCAUAAAAACAGUAGACUGAAUACAAACGAUCUUUGGGGUACUGAUGGAUCUGGCAUAGAACUGUUUCGUUUGACUAUGUCACGUAACAGAUUUAAUUUUCUUCUACAACACGUACGUUUCGAUGAUACACGAAAAGAAAUAAAAGGAUUGGAUAAGUUUGCGCCAAUUAGAGAUAUUUUCGAUAUGUUUGUUACACAUUGUCAAAAUAAUUACUCUGCGGGACAAUAUGCUACAAUCGACGAAAGCAAUCCGGAGAUGGUAACUUUUUACAAUAAAACAAAAUCAGGUGUUAAAGUUGUUGAUAAAUUGUGCGCUACCUAUUCAGUUGCCAGAAAUACAAACCGUUGGCCGAUGGUAAUUUUUUAUAAUAUGUUGGACGUGGCAGCCAUCAAUGCUUAUAUUAUUUACAAAGCAAACGAAAGCAAGGAGAUGAAAAAUCGGCGACAUUUCAUAAAAACUUUAGCGUUAGAACUAACACGGGAGCAUAAACGAAACAGAUCAACAAUACAAUGCCUACCUAGAGACAUAAGAAAACGUAAUAGGGAACAACGAGCUGAAAACGAAGACCCGGCAUGUCCUAGUACGAGUUGUGAAAAUGUAAGAAAAAGGUGUAACUUUUGCGAACGGAAAAAGAAUCGUAUGACAAAAUAUAGAUGCGUGGAAUGUGAUAAAUAUAUAUGUUUAGAGCAUGCGAAUUAUGUUUGUAACGUUUGCAUUUCCAAAGAAGACUUAAGUUCUUAG